AUGGAGUCCGGCGCCAAGGGCUGCGAGGUCAUCGUCAGCGGGAAGCUGCGCGCCGCGCGCGCCAAGAGCAUGAAGUUCAAGGACGGCUACAUGGUGUCCUCGGGCGACCCCGUGCGCGUCUACCUCGACAGCAGCGUGCGCCACGUGCUGCUGCGCCAGGGCGUGCUCGGCAUCAAGGUGCGGAUCAUGAAGGACUGGGACCCGACCGGCCGCCAGGGCCCGAAGAUGCCCAUGCCCGACGUGGUCAAGGUGCACGAGCCCAAGGAGGAGGAGGUCUUUGCCGACAAGGCCAAGGACUUGGACCUCUAG